AUGCAGUACGCUCCCUUCGCCCAACUUCCAGCCCCCGCUGGCCUUGUUGGCACUCGAUCAGAUCAGAUUGUGCUGCCGGCAGCUCUGAGCGACCUGAAGGCUACUUCGGAGGAGGAGACACAGAAGAUUUUCAAGCUUGCUCGUGAUGUUGUGUCGGACCAUGACAAGUGGUUGUCCACGCUGAAGGAGGAAGAGGCGAACAGGAAGGAACGGCAGGAACUUCUGCGUGUCGUAGCGCAGACCUCUGGUCCCGUUGAAAAAGAAGCAACAUUGAACUUUCAGAUGCCCGGCGGCUCGCAGGCGUCAGACAAGUUCGACGUCGAGGCCACUACGGCCUUCGACCUCAACUCCAAGGCUUACCAGCUUCUGAGCAACACACGCGACCCAUGGAAAAUCACAGUUACAGGCCCUACGGCUGGCUCAGCUACUUCGAUCUCAGUCGAAGUGAGCGAGGCAAUGUAUGGGCAGAGCUUGGCCAGUCUCGGGGUUGUGCCAGGCUGCAGCUACGCCGUGAAAAUUGUACAGUAA